ACGCAAGUGCCGGGCAUUGACAUAAAAGGUAGGCUUGUGUUUUUCAAACAAGCCCUCAUUUGUGUAUUUCCGGUAAGGCAGUCAUUCGCUAGAUCGUUGCUAAGGAGAAGUUGUCAUAGCAAAGUGGAAGCACUGAAGGGAAGACGCUCAGUCAUAGUUGAGAACUGCGAAUUUCGAGAAGAAUUAAAAAUAAAACAUAGAAAAUGGCUUCAUCUGAAGGACAGAAGAGGAGAUAUACUGCACAGGAAGCUUUUUAUUUGAUUGAAGAGCAGGGUGACAAUUCUGGGACUGAAAAAGAGGGCUGUGAUUCUGCUGAAGAAUUGGAUUUUGCAGGACUGGAUCCACUGAUAGACAAUGGAUGGGACGACAAAUGUUCCAACGGAUACAUCGCAUGAUGGGAAUUCGGGGUCACUUGCUUUUGUGCUGGUGCCAAUCUUCUUUUUAAUGGGCCUUCUGGGAGUCUUGAUCUGUCACCUUCUGAAAAAGAAGGGAUACCGCUGCACCACAGAUACGGAGGCAGACAUCAAAGAAGAAAAGAAUGGAGAGGAAAAGACAGAGAUGAAUGAUACCUUUAGUGAGUGCAACGCUGAUACGGUUGGCCAAAUUGUGCAUUACAUCAUGAAAAAUGAAGCGAAUUCAGAAGCUUUAAAGGCCAUGGUACAGGAUAGCAGUAUAGACCCUGACAGUCCUACAACUCCAAAUAGUCCAAUUAUUCAAGUUACCCCAAGCACACCGUUGCCACUUAGACGAGGUUCCACACCUGUUAAGCAUACCUGUCAAAGCAACCACCUGCACACAAUCGGUGGGAUGGCUGAGAGGAGCGUCUGCUCGCGCUGCAACCACAAGAAAUGGCCUUUAAUAUGGCAGGGCAACAAGGCAAGAGACUUAAAGAGGAUUCACCGUGGAGAGAUCAUUGUGCUCUCUGUGGGGAGGUUCCGAGUAACAAAGGCAGAGAACAGAUCCAAUCCAAAGGCAAGAAAGAGUCUGAUUUCCGAAUCCCAGGAUGGAAUGGGUUCCAAUGGGGAAGUCCCUGCCACCCCUACACAAGAGGAAUCAAAGAGCAGGGCUGCCUCUGAGUCACAGGAACAAAGUAAUACAGACCUGUGAUGCUGUUUAUAAGGGCUUGUAUCAUCAUUAAAAUGGUGGAAAGAGUGGCCUCUCUGCUAAGAAACGAUAGCAACAGUAUCCUACCCUGUAAUACAUGUUUUGGCAUAUAGAUGUAGGAAUCUAGGAUUUUAAUUUUGUACAUUUUUUUGUGUCUACUUUUAUACAAGUUUGCAAUACUUCUAAAUUAUAUAAAAGCCUUAAACCUUUGCCUUACACGGUGUCACCAAAGAAUUGAGGGCUUCUUUUAGUGCUCAAUCCUGCAAUAGUGGUGCUCCAGACGCUUCAAAGAUGUUAUGAAAAUAACACUGAAUAUUCCCUGCCAACCUAAACAGCAGGAUGUAUUUUUUUUAAAUUCUGUGCCUGGUGGCGGUGUUGCCAUUAUUUGUCUCUCCACGCAAACAUUGUUUAGCAUAUAUACUUAUUGUGCACACCUGUUGCAACAAGAAAGCAAAUGAAGUUUAACGUUUUUUUUGUACUGUCAGCGUUAUUAUUCUUUUGUCUCCUUUGUGUCUGUCAAAUACUUGCAUUGCUAGUUUGCCUUUUAUUUCCGUGUCUUCUCCUCAAGUACCCCAGCCCUCCCUACCUGCUGUAAAGCAUUCAGAUUUUAACAAAUUCAAUGAAAACUAAAAGGCUUGUGUGUGACUGUGCAAUCUGUAAUCAACACAUCAAGUGCUUUCUGCUGUAUGCGAGCACUGCAGCAACGGCAUUACAUUUUCGCAUAGAUUUUACACGAAAUUCUUAUCAGUCAAAAUGUCCCUUUUAAAGUGCAUUGUAUGUUUAUGACGUUGUCGGCAGAGGAGACUGAAGAGAAAUCUGUGAAUGUUGCAGAAGUAAUCAUCAUUAUUACUUCUUAACAUUAAAUACUGUAUCAAGUGAAGAAAUUAGGAGCUCAAACUGCAAAAUAAAAACAAGUGUUGUUUUCGUUUUAAAACAGGUGUUCUUGCCUUUGUGUGUUGUUUACAGUUGGUCAGUUUGGUGCUGUUCUUCUCUGCUGUUGGUCCUAUCACUAGUUUUUAAGAUAACAACUAAAAGAGGUAAAGCACUCGUGGAACUUUCAGAACAUGAAAUAAAAAUGAAUAUACUGGAAAACUGCGCCAAAACAACUUUCACAGAUGAAAAUGUUAUUUACUGUCCAUUUUGCCUUUUGAGUAAAAUGUAAAAUGUUUGUUGUGUUUUAUUUCUUUUCUGUUUUUUUCUGUACUAGCUUUAUAUUGCAUACAAUACUGUUUUUAACUGCUCAGGUUUACAGUAAUUCAACAAUGACACUACUUGAACACACAUUUUGUGUGACAACUGUGUAAAGGAUAAGGAGAAAUCUGUUGUCCACAUUAUGUGAAUUUCUAAAGUAAGCAAUAUGUUAAUAAUUCUGUAAUAAAUAAAAUGUACUUCUUACUUAAUAGAAACUCUUUUUCCUUUACCCAAUGCUGCCAGUUUCACAUUUUGAUAUUAUAUAGCUAUUAUAAGUGUUUAACUUUUUAAUAUAUAUACCCAAUAUCCAUUUGUAUGUGGCUAUUGAUAUUUGAUGUAUCUGUAUCUGGAUAAAUUAAAAUACAGACAGCAAUGUAUUUAUAUAGGUAAACUACAUAUUGGGUAAUAAAUAUAUUUGGAAACGAAAGCUGUGAAAACUCAUGUACAGUCAAUCUUAACAUUUAUAUUGUUUUGCUUGUCUUUUUUUUCUGUGCAAACUUUAACAUGCACCUUUAUCGAACAGAAAAAAAAAUGUUGAGGCAUUAAAAGAAAUAAAGCACCAUGUGUUUGAUUCAAUUCAAUGAAAGGUAGAUGGGGAGUUAUUUAGGGGGAUGUUAAGAAUAUAACCCUGGGGUUGUUGCAUGUGGCUCCUUUAGUCCUUUCUUGUCCGUUCAUUGAAUUGAACAGAGCCUUGUUCCAAACAGGUCUUUAUGUAUUGUUUUCUAGCUGAACUUAGUAAUUGAAGACCUGGAUUAGAAUGGAUAAAUAUGUCUGCGUUAUUGAAACUUAGCCAUGCAAAAUCUCACCAUUCCCUUGUGAUGCUGACGGACAGCGAAUUAAUCUGAGUCAACAAUCUCCCUCCCCUCCUGUGAGGGCGCUGUAUAACAGGAACAGAGUGCCCCGGACUGGAUGGUAUGACAUUUCAUUCCAGGGUCAAUCAGAAGUCAGCCAUCCAAAAAGUGGGCAAAGCCACAAUACUAAAAGUCGGUGGCUUACUGCGGUAGGCAAUGUGUCAGUCAUGGAUUGGAAGAUACAGGAUUGCACUCGCUACCGAAGGGGGCGGGACUGAAGGUAUAUCAGGGUGCGUGGCCAAGCGAUCUGUUCCUGUUAAGGUUACAGACUGACCCAGAGGGGUAAAAGAAACUGUGAGUGUUUAGUGUUGUCUUGUCUGUCUCACUAACUGUUGUUAUUUGUCAUUGUAGACGGCUAAAUAUCCGGGAGCUAUCGCUGUUAAGCCAGCAUCAAACCCGGACUGCACUGCACCACUAUUAACUAAUCACUAUUAACGUGUAUUCAAAACACUGCUUGCACCCGGAGCACUCACUAUUGGACUGGUGACCGUGUAGGUGUUUUAAAGUGUGUGUUUGUUGUCAUUGUUUCAGGACUGAACCCCAUGGUUUUGACUGGCACUACACAUUGUUGUGUAUAGUUUGUCUUAUUAGUUAAAAUCUAAUAAAGCUUUGUUUUCACCAUUGGAA